AUGAAAGCAGCAGCAGUUUUAAAAACCAAAGACCAACUGCUUGCUGAGCAAACCGUUCUUGAAGAACAAAAAGAACAGCAGCGUGCAGCUGCCAAAGCUCGUAAAGAACGUAUGCAAGAGCUUGAAAAGGAGCGUCAAAGAAAUGCCCCAAUGACUGAAGCUGAGCGUGAAGACGCGGAGAAAAAGAAAAAAAUCCGUGAAAAGGCUGGCGAACUUCUAGAUCGCGAGCAUGAUGAUGUAAAGCAUAUGAACCAAAUGGUCCUAUACUCAAAAAUCGUAACAGUCCGAGAUGAGCAGCUAAAAGAGAAAAAAGUUAUUGAAGAAGAAAAGAAAAAAACAGAAGAGCAGCUUGACUUGAUGAUGGAAAUUGAAAGACUCAAGGUCAUCAAAUAUCAUGAUGAAAGAGAACAAAAAUGGAAAGAAGACAGAAUCCAAGGAGCCAGAGUGCUAGAAGAACAAAUAAAAGAAAGAGAUUUUAUUAGGAUGAAAGAGCAAGAAAUGCUGGAAAAAGAAAGAGCACAAAUGCUCAGACAAAUUGAAGCUUUGCAAGAAGAAGAAAACAGAAUUGGCCAAGAAAAAAUGCUGACCAGAAAAAGGGUGCCUAUUUUUUUCCUCUAGGUAUUUGGCAAUGAGACAUUUCCUCUGUGUUAUUUGUUCGAAAAUUUUUCCUCAUGAGACAUGCUUGAAAUUUGAAGAUUUUUUUGAGUAUGUCUCACGAGGAAAAAAAAAAAUUCCCAGGGAAUGUCUCAUUAAAUUAAAUGGAACAGAAAAAGCUGCUUUCUGAGGUAGAGCAGGCUAAUAAUAAAGCAAUUCUUAUCAAAGAAGCCAGAAAAAGACAAGAAAUAGAAGAAGAUGAAAGGAUUAUGAAAUACAACUUAGAUAAAGCUAAAAGAGAGCAAGAACUAAUAGAAGACCAGCUGAGGAUUAAAGCUGAAAAAGAAAGAGAAGUCCAAAGGCUAAGAGAAAGACAAGAAAGAGCUAAAGAUAGACAGUCUGAGCUUGAUGCACUGAGGGCUAAAAGAGCUCAAGAAGCCCAAGAGAGGGUUGAAAGAGAAAAAGAAUUCCAAGAAGCCCAAAAGUUGGCAAAGAUUAAUGCAGAAAUUGAAGAAGCAAGAAUAAAUCAAGCUCAAGAACGCGAAAUAAGGAUGCUUAUUCAAGCUAAACAAGAAAGGGAUGAAUUUGAAAGAAUUAUCCAAGCCCAAAAAGAAGCUGCUGAUAAGGAAAGAAUGAUAGAAGAACAAAAGGCUAUGAUAAGAAAACAGCACGCAGAGCAGCUGAAAGCUCAAAUAUUGACUAAUGAUGAAAAGAAAUCACAGGAUCAGAGAGAGUAUUUAGAAGAAGGAAGAAAACUUAGGAAUGAAAUUGAGGACGAAAAACGCAAGCUUGAAAGAAUCAAGCAAGAAAAACUUGAAGCGCUAACUCUGCUUUUAUUUAGAAAUCUAGAAUUUAAUGUAAAUAUUUAUACCUAAUUGCAAUGGAUAUAAGUGGUCUACCCAAAAAGUGCUCUUAGCAUGGCUAUUUAGAGGAAAUUAGCAUAUAUUUUAGAAAAUUUAUAAUUUUAAUAUUUAAAAAAUUAAAAAUUUAUAAGUGAAGAGUAAAGAAAGAAGGAGUCCCUGAAAAAUAUACUGCAGAGCUAGCAAGGAAGAAAAUAACAAUUUAA